AUGGAAAUGAACACCAAUCGUGUAAAUCAAACACCAACACAACAAGAUGUCCACGAUCUAUCACCGAAGCCCCCGCCACAACCACCGCCGGAAGAAAAUAAUACAAAAUUCGUUCUACAUUCAGAUAAAGAUCCUUACGACUACAUAUCCCAAAGAUGUACAGCUAAACCUACGAAUACCCUAGAAUCAACAGGACAUCUCAUCAAGGGCUGUCUGGGCGGUGGGAUACUGGGUAUUCACGAGGCUUACAUGAAAUGCGGUCUCUGGUCUUCGCUUUUCAUCACAAUAGUCUUCGGCUUUUAUAUCACUUAUUGCGUACAUAUCUUAGUCAAAUCGGCGCAAACAUUAUACAAAAGACUUCAUUUACCAGAAAUGUCUUACCCAGACGUUGCAGAGGCGUCUUUAGAAGUCGGACCAUUCCCUAGAUUAAGAAAAUAUAGCAAAUUUUUCAGGUACGCGGUAGACGCAAUUAUAUGCAUAGAUUUAUUCGGUGCAUGUUGCGUAUACCAGAUAAUAAUAGCCAAAACAAUACAACAACUGGUUGAAAGCAAAGACGACGUAGCCUGGGAGGAUAUAGAUAGAUUGAGGCUGUACGUACUGGCUCUCUUACUGCCGAUACUACUGCUCUGUAUGAUAACCACGUUGAAAUAUCUGGCACCGUUCACACUACUCGCGGACGUUUUUAUUAUUGCAUGCGUGAUAGCGACCGUAGUGUACAGCCUACGCGUUGCUCCUAAAAUAUCAGAGGUCCCAGCGUGGAAGGACGCCUUGGGUUUCUUCGAGUUUUGUGGCAUUGUUGUAUUUAGUAUGGAAGGAAUAGGAGUAUCUCUGCCAAUUGAGAACAAUAUGAAAGAUCCUAAACAAUUUCCUAAAGUACUUUGUGCUGGUAUGAGUGUUGUUGUUUCUUUUCUAAUAAUUGUUGGAUUUUUCGGUUAUUGGGGAUUCGGUGAAAAUUCUAUAUCACCAGUGACUCUCAAUUUUCCAUCCGCAAUUUUUCCAACAAUCCUCAAAUGUCUAAUGGCGAUAAUGAUUUUCAUAACAUUCGCCCUUAACUUCUGGGCGCCUUUCAAUCUCGUUUGGUUCUAUUUGUCAAAGAAACAUGAUCCGAAGAGACAUUGGCUUUGGGAAAGGGUGUACAGAGCUGUGUUUAUUGUUGCCAUCACAUCUAUCGCUAUUGCCUUUCCUAAUAUUGGGAAUUUGAUGGGCUUGCUUGGAGCUUUCUGCCUGUCGAAUAUGGGUUUUAUAUUUCCAGCGCUAAUAGAACUUCUCGUCAUUUGGGAAGUUCCUGGCCUCGGAAGAUACAAAUGGCGUCUAUGGAAGAAUGUUUUUGUUAUAAUUGUAGGAAUACUGUUAUUUGUUGCUGGCACUUAUUCUAACCUCAAAGGCCUUAUAUCAAAUAUAUGA